UGUAUGUAUGUAUGUAUGUGUGUAUGUAUAUGUUAAUUGCUCUCUCAAGGUGAAGCCUCCUUUAGCACAACAAGUACAGCUGCGUAAAAUAAACGAUAGUUUAGAGUUUCUUUUAAAAACUGGUUUGGAAAAAUGAUUUUGAGAGUUGUUUUAAAAAAUUUGGUUUAACAUUUAAGGCCACGUUUGGUUGGGGGGAAUGGCAUAGCCAUUCCCUCCCUAUUCUUAGAUGAAUAGUAAUGUUGUUGUUUGGUUCACGGUUUCUUCAUUUGGUCGAAUCACUUAUGGUGUUUCUAUUCCCUCAAAUGCCUAAUAUGGAUUCAGUGGUGAUGGCUUUGAAUAGCCAUUCCGACCAUCACCGAAUAGAAAUACAGAAAAUUCUUCCUAAAAUCUCCUUCACACUUUCUUUGCAAAGGCGUUCAAAGUUGCUUCUUUUAUCACAACAAUGCAUUUUCAGGUUAGCAGAUUUUUCUUUUCAAGUUUAAUUGCUUCUUUUCUUUGCAAAAGAUUUCAACUUUUAUAUAAAGCCCCAUUGGGUUAAUUGGGAUGUUGAUGAACUGAAGAUACCAAGGUGUGUUUUUUGUUUGACGGUUUGUGUGUGAAUUUUCUGUUUAUUAUCAGGAGUCUUUAGUAUUAUAAACUCCGUGCUCCUUGUAUGGAUUUUUUUCUUCUUGGAACUGGAUUAUUUUCAUGAAGAUUUCAAUAUGUAUGUCAUGGUUAUGUUAGAAAUAUUCUUAUAAUUAUCAACGUGGAGUUUUAGCCCUUAAAUUUAAACAAAACCACCAACUAGAGAUGGAGUUACUUGCCCAAACCCGUAGGUGCACCUGAAAUUUGGAGGGUUAAAAAUGCCCUGAGAUGCUGUUGAAGAAUCAAAUAGGCUUUAAAGUGUUGGGCUUAACAGGGGUGUAGACAAGGGGCAAGUAGCGGACUUCUCUUUGAAGAAUGUAAAUUUGUCUUAUAGUUCUCUAGAAAAUUAUGAAAUUAUAAAUUAUUAUCAUGGUAAAAUCGCACUUCACUUUCAAAAAUUUCUGAUUUAUCUCUGAUACUCCCUAGAGUAGUUUUCCAUUAAAGCAUCACAAAAGGAAAUGGCGGUGCAGCUGGAGGCUACUGUGGACCAAAUGCAGCAAUUAAUCACUGAGGAUAAGUUGUUUAGCAUAGUAAAAAGUAUGGUAAAAGAAGUUUUGAGUCCUUAUUUACGAGGGCUGCAGAACCUAAAGCUCACAAAUCCUGUUAGUAUUAAUGGCGAUCCUGAGUCUAGCAGAGGAUCUGAGAUUUGCAACAACAUACAGGGUUAUCAUGAUGCUGAAUCUGUAAGCUUUGGCGAGUAUAUAUCUUUUAAAUUCAAUUUGCUUAGAUUUGGGUCAGAUCUGCUUCUCUUCUGGAUAUAGGUUGCUCUGUAUAUGAAAGACUAUGGUGGGGGUUUUGAAUUCUUUAAUAUAAUAAUACUCUAAAUUAAGCAUUAAAAUAA